CUUUUUAUUUAUGAGCUAAAGCUUGUAAAAGCGCUAUACUCACAGGCUUUGCAUUUAUUGGAGAGCCUGUUUAUACCACUUGUCUUAGCUGAAGGGAGUGAAGAGGUUUUUUGCAACACUUGUCUGCACAACAAAUCAUUUCAUAUAUAUUAGUAUCAAUAAUUUACGAAAGCCGUUCUUAUAAGUUUCAUGGAGUCAGCCAAGUAUGUGGCGAUAAAGAUGAUUUCAUUUUGCAACACCUUGUAAUUAUCUCAGAUUUUUAUUUUUUUUAAAUGAAGGAGAACAUAAGAUAAUAAACUGUAUUAUGAAUCUGAAUUUCAUUCGUUAAAUACAGAGACAGGAUGAAAUGAAAAACAAAAAAGUUGUGGUCAGAACUAAAGAAAAUGAAGAAUGUAAAAUAAAAACUGGAAACACACAAAUGCUUAAAAACACGUACAGAGCGUUUACUUCUCCAGCCCUCAGUGUGUUGGAGUGAAAGGGUCAGUGUUGAAAUGAAUGAGCAUGAUGAAAAGGAUAGUGACCCCCAGUGGAAUGCUAUCGCACCUCAAUGCCUUGAUGUUUGCAGCCUGCUUCAAGCUGGGUAUUAACCAAUCAUUUCCAUUAAUUGUAACUAUUUUACUUAGCACUUCUGGUUUCAAGUCUGUGGCUUUUUUGGCCUUCAAAGCAGGAGGUGGGGGACCAACCCCCAAAACAUUCCUACCGGCCUUCAGUCUAUCACCCCUCUCAUCACCAACACACUUCUUCACAACGCUGGUUUGUUGAGCCCGGCUCCAGACCCCUGGACUGUUUACUUGUCCUUAUUUACUGUACACUUAGAUUGCAUGCUUUUGGAAAAACAACAAAGUAGCAGUGUGUGUUGUUUGUUGUCAAGAAAUGAAUGGAUUCAUCGAACAUCGGGACUGGGCACGUCAGUCUGUUCUGUUUGUGGGAGGAUACUGCUGGAGGUAUAAUUGGUUUAUUUCAAUUAUGAAUUCAUGCAGUGAUGCAUGCUCACGCUCAAAGCAACAGUCAUGCAAAGAGUUUAGGGUCCUUUCCUUUCGAUGUAUUUUCCUCCUUUUCUUCCCCUCAUAGAUGACGAAACUCGUGUUGCCAUUGGAGACAACCAGGACUACAUCAACGGCAGCUACAUCCACAUGCAAGUUGGCGAUGAAAAGUUAUUCUACAUCUCCUGCCAGGGCCCUCUGCCUUCCACAGUGCCGGCCUUCUGGCAGAUGAUCUGGGAGAACAAAUCUGAUGUCAUUGCCAUGAUGACCCAGGAAGUAGAACGAGGAAGGAUCAAAUGUCACAAGUACUGGCCAGAGAAGCUGGGCGUGCCUCUGGACACCGGCAGGUACCAGCUUCACUUGGAGAACCAACAGUUCCUGGAGUACUUCCACAUCAAGGUCAUCCGCGUGGUGGAGAUAGAAACCAGUGAGACACAUUUUGUUCGUCAUCUGAAGUUCACACGCUGGCCUGACCACGGAGUGCCGAAAAGCUCCGAGCAGUUGGUUCGCUUCAUCCGCUACCUGAGGGCCGUGCACCAUAAGGGACCGGUCACUGUGCACUGCAGCGCCGGAAUCGGACGCACAGGAGUUCUCAUCAGCACUGAUGUUAUCCUCAGCCUCAUUGAGAAGGAUUUGCCUAUCAAUGUGAGUGACGUCGUAAAAGAGAUGAGACUUCAGCGACAUGGGAUGAUUCAAACCAAGGAACAGUACUUCUUCUGCUACAAAGUCUGGUUGGAGGUUUUACAGGGCAUUUUACAGCUUCAAGGCAACCAAUGGCAACCGGAAAGUCUCCGAAAUCACAAAAUAGUUUAAAGUUUCCCACCUUCAGUUCACCUACCGUAACCAUGUGCAGUCUAUCACAGCAUAGACUGGCGAGACCUUUUUCUUUGGCUGUAUAGUUUAAUUAGCUAUAAUAAGAAACGUGUACUGUUUUUCUCUGUUUUGAUACUUUGUGUUGAAGAGGCCCAUUGAUUAGUUACAAUGACUUCAACUGUAAUGUUUUUGUUCUUGUAUGUGCUCUCGGUGCUGUGAUUAUGUGAAUUUAAUUUAGAUCACUGAGGUUGUUUUGCCUUUUCAGGCUUAGUGAUUUGCCUUCUGUCUUUAGCAUCUUUUUUUUAUUAUUUAGUGUCAGUAUUUGAAUGCAUCUCAUUUUCUUUUUUCCAUGUCCUUUAAUUUGCAAAUCGCAUAUCGUCAUAUUGCAUGGAAUUUAAACUCUGGUAAUAGCAUCUCUUAUCUGGCAGUAAAGUAAGAUCAUCAAAGCAAAGAGAGUAUCUGUUUGUAACCUUGAUGAGUAGCAUUUGAUUAAGCAUAUGUGGUAUCAUUUCAUUAAGUGCAUUUGUGCCCUGGAGAAAAGGGCAUGAGCAAAAGAACACUAUUGAUUUUUCAGUUCAUCAUCUCCAGAAAUGAAAAGAAUCAAGUGCCUUGGAAUGACUCACACCGCUGGCUCCACACUGACCUCGAGUCACCUGUCACAAGAGCAAGAAACGGAUUUGAGAGCACUCGGCAGUGGUUAGAUUAAAUGUGCAGCUUUCGGUCUGGUGGAGGUGGAUGGUUGAUCCAAACCGGAGGAUUACAUCUCACCUUUUACUUCAGUUGUUUGCCCACCGCCUGUCAAUCUUCUUUUGUUUGUGGGCCCAUUCUAUAAAGAACACUAUACAUAAUUCCACAUCAUGAGUCAGAUACAAAUUUAACAUAACACAUUUUUGGAUGAAUUCAUACAUUUUCAAUUCCCUCGAUUAUUAAAACUUGGACGCGGCGUCAACACUAAAUAUUCAGAUUUGUGGAAUGUACAAAAACUGAUUUAAAUAGCUAGUUGCAUGAUUUCUAGGAAUAAUGUGUUAUGUAGUAACAUCCUUUGUCGGUAUUCCAUAACUAUUUUAAUACAAAGUCAGCCAAAAAUGCAAAAAAAAUAUUAUGAGGUUUACAAACUUGCCAUUUUGCCACAUUAGAUGUUAAUGAUGAUAAAGAAAAUGCAACGAAGCUGCAUUUCCAAGUCACAGAUCAAAGAUGAUGCAUAGCUGCUGGUUUGAACCGUAACCACUGGAUGUAACUGCUUGUAAGUUUUGUUCUUUUAGCUCUCUCACACACACACACACACACACACACACACACACACACACAUUGCAUGCAGACUCUUAAAGUACAGAAGUCUGAGCCUGGAGUUUGGUUGAAUGACAUGAACAUGAUCAAAAUGUGAAAUGUAACAAAGCAAUACUCUCCAUGAGGAGGGGAGUCCUCUUACUGGAAAACAUCUUCCAAACCGUUUGGAGCAUGUUGGUAAGACACAUGCAGUGCUGCUCUUUUGUCAUGUGGAUGUCUACGCAGAGCCAUCAGUCUCUGUACUGUGUAUGCAACGUCUGUUCAUCACUCAUGGUUGGUUGGUUUCCUACGUAACUCUCUGUUUUGUGCAAGUUCAUGUUCUCUUUGAGAUCCUGUCGUUAUUUUUUCUCCCUCAGAUCUUGGAAAAUAAUUAUUCUUGAAAGAACAAACAAAAGCACAUUUUUGCAUUCAUCUGUGAAAAUGCAUUGUGUACAGCCAAGCAAGUGAUCACGCAACAGCAUUGUGGAACGUAAUAACCAUUGAUUGCACAACUGCUUAUUUAUGCUAAAUUAAUCUAUUCUCACUACCAGCCACUAUCUAACCAAUAACUGAGAACAAUGUAAUACCUCUCUUUAAUUAAAAACUAUUCUGGAACUUG